GUACCGUGUAUCGUUGUACCUCUCCCGGACGACCUCGACCAGUCACUUCGCUCAACGAACUAGCAGCAGCAGCAGCACCAGGGCGUGGGCCUGGCCGCGGCCGCCAUGGGCCGGUCGCACUCGAAGGAGCAGCAGCAGCAGCAGCAGCAGUCGGGGCGGCAAACCAAGGCGGACCCGAAGAAGAAAAGGAAGCGUCCCAAGGCCGACGGAUCACGACACCGUAAGUCGCGGCUAAGCGAGCUGCGCGAACCGGACCCACCCCCGGUAGUGCAUCCGAAGGGUGGUGCCGCGAAGAACGACUACGACCUGGAGGCGAAGCGCCGGAUGCAGCACCAGCUCGCGUUUAACAGUGACAUCUUCGUGCUCAACCAGCUCAUGCUCGGAGUGCAGUUCUACGGCAACUUUGAGAGGGAGAUGUGGGAAGCGGUCGAGCGGAACCGGGCCGAGGAGAACCGGCGGAACGGGCGAACGUCGCGUCACUGCAAAACCGUCAUCCUGCCCGAUCGCCUCCUGGAGGCGGUCGAUAAACGCGUCAAGUUCUAUGCCAAGCACGGACCGCACAAGAAUCGGUUGUUGCCGCUCCACACCCAGACCUGCUACAUCGUGCACGACAACAUCGAGAUCACAAACCCGGGCGACAGCUCCGUCUACAGCAUCCUAACCGAUGCGCCGAUCUACAAGCUCGAGAUCGAGGACGGGCUCGACGACAAGCUGAGGCGCAGCGGGAUGCAACGGGCCGCCCCGCGGCGCGGCAACUGUCAUCACGGCUACGUCAAGCUGCGCAGCGUGGAGUACAUCAAACCGAACGAACCGCCGCCGGUGGCGCCUCGAACCGAACCGAUCGACAGGCCGCUGCGGGACGGUAACCUCAGCGAUAGUGACACCCUGGAGGAUGACGACGACGACGACGUCGAUGAUGAUGGCGGCCGGGAAGGUUCCGGGUUUCGGCAGCGCAAGUUCCGUGACAGUAUCGCGGUCAAAUACCCGAAGAUGAAUGGGGUGUAUGGCGCCGCCGUCAGGGGUAAGGUCCGAGCGUCGACGACGGUCCCGUCGACGUCGACGAGCUCGACGUCACCACCGAGCAGCGAGUACGAUUACGCGUACAUCACGGCCAUCAACACGCACCAGCCGCUCAGCGUGAUGCGGUCGGCGGGCGCAGGAGGCAUCGGCAUCGGUUGCGGUGGUGGCCCCUGCGUGGUGGAGACGCCACCGCUCAGCACGACCGUCCUGCCGGAUUACUGCAUCACGACGCUCAGCUGCCCGAUCGAAGUGCCGGAGGGUUACUACAGCGACGACGAGGAAUCCGAGGGCCAGUCCAGUGGUAGUGGCGGCAAGCCGGCAGGGGCCUCUGGUGCCUCCGCCGGGAAGCACCGCAACAGCGAGUACACGACGGAACGGCGGCAGUACCUGAACUCGAAGGGCUUCCUGGCGUACUUCGUGAACCUGUUCCAGGACCGACUGGCCGCCGAGCUGGACAUCCCAGCCGACGAUCUGCCGGACGCGACCUGGAAGGGUGCGGUCGUGUACAGCGGCCACUGGGAGAUCGUUCCGGCCGUGUUCUGCCCGUGGCCACGCGAAGCCACCGAGUGGGUGCACCGGAAGCGCGACGUGAAGGUGAACCCGCUGACGAAGCAGCGCUUCCAGUGGCCAACGCCACCGAUGAUCCAGAAGGUGCGCUCGUUCGGUUGCCACGUCGUGCCGGUCGGGUACGCACCGAAGCAGGGCCAGAACCGGUACCGGCAGCUCGAGUGGAAGAUCGUCUUCCCGGAAGCGGAACGGUACCUGGAAAGCUGCCUGUCGAGCACCCAAGUCAAGCUGUACCUCGUCGCGAAGCUGCUCCUGAAGACAUUCGUCGAGACGGCGGCACCGGCACCGGCUGCAACCCUGGGCAUGUUCGGGUUGGAACACCUGCGGGCGCACCUUUUCUGGCAGUGCGAGACCAACUACGCGGCCUGGCCGGAGGACUACCUCGGGGAGGCGCUAUUACGCUUCCUGAACGCGCUACUCGAGCGCAUCAAAACGCACCGCCUGCCGGACUACUUCCUACCCGCCCGGAACCUCUUCGAGAACGUGCCGGAACGGGUGCUUGUGGAGCUACACCGGCGCAUCUUCCGCGUGACCGAAAACCCGGCCAUGCACCUGCUGGUGGCGCUCCGCAACCUAAAACUGCCAAGCGGCACUCUCGCGUUUUACCCGAAGCUGCGGCUCAAGCGCCUGUACGCGUACCUUGCGGUAGACAAUCCGCUCCGGCUCGUCAACCCGCUGCUGCGCGACGAGGACGAGAACCUGGCGGCCGAGGACUCGGACGAGCAGGAAGCGAACGAGCGCGAAAUCGCCGUCGGUUCGAUGGCCUACUACCACCGGCAGGAGAUCGAAUCGCGCCGGAAGCGGACCCGCAUCGUGCGCUUCCUGGUGGCCGAGCAGCUUCUCCGCAAGGACCGGGCCGAACGUCCGACCACCCGGCGCGCCUCGAUCGAAUCCAUCGACCUCACGUUCCUGCCACUGAAGCACAUGGAGAACCUACGCCGGCAGCUCAUCUACGGGCACUUCAUCGAGCACUUCACCGAGAUGGCACGCGUCUCGUGCCGCUUUCGGGCCCUCAACCAAGCGCUCGUCUACGUGCGCCAAUCGGAGCGCCUCUGCGAUCUGCUCGCGGACGACGAGGGAGCCGACGAGGCGCACCAGUACCUGGCCAAGAUUGGUGGGCUGCGCCAGGAGUUAGCACGGGCCAGUGCCCAGGCUCCGGACCGGCCUGCGCUUCCCCGUCGCACCAGCAGCACCCAGCAGCAGCCCAUGCCGAGUCAACGGCCAAGCCAUCGGCCGACGGCGUACAGCAACGUACCGACGUCGCACCAGCGGAACCAGCGUCAGGUUAGCGUGCAGGUCCACCCACGCGACAGGGCGAGGCGCCGCUCAUCCGACGACAUCGACGACAUCUCCCGGCUACUCGGAAACGUUACGGUCCGCUAGUGGGACGGGGGGCUUAGCACUUAAGCAUAUCGUUUUCUGUGAUAACUUUAGAUGAGAGACGACCCGA